AUGCAGCCUGCUCUCGGAGCCCUCGGGCACACCUGGACUGCCAUGCGAGCCAUGGAGUUUAUCUCUCUGAUCACGAUCAUCGGAUUGACUGCCAAUUUCAUUGGUGAGAUGGUCAACGCUGAUUAUGCGGCGCCUUCUGCCUUGAUUGGAACACUGGUUGUUGCCUGCAUCUCGACCCUUUACAUCGCCAUCUCUUACAUCCUCUACUGGGAUGGCAUGCUUCCUCUCCUCCUCUCGACUGGUGCCGAUAUCAUGCUUCUCGUUGCAUGCAUCGUGGUCGCCUGCACUGUUGGCAAGCCCGUCAGCUACCUCUCAUGCCCCAAAUUUCCCUCGGACGGCAACACGGCCAACUUUGUCAACUCCCUCUUCCACAACGUAUACCACUCCCGUGGCAACACUUUCGCCUGGGUCGACCCUGAUAAGGCUUCGUGCUACCAGAUCAAGUCCAUCUGGGGCCUCAGCAUUGCCCUCUGCGUGCUGUUCGCCUUCUCCGCCAUCACCUCCGGAUGCCUCUGGAAGCGAACAAAGGGCGCAUCUCGCCCUGCUCCCAAGGAUAUCGAGGGACCGCAUGUGAUGGCUCAUGAGCGAAGUCUGGGGACCAUGGCCAUGGCGAAGCGGUUCGACAGCGACUCUUCUGAUGCUGAGAGCGCACGCCAGCCGUGGUGUCCCCCGCCCCCCACGGCGCCUGUCCGAGUAAAGAGAAAGGAAGUGCCACAGCCUCUGCAACAUCUUCCUCCUUUGCCUCCAGUUCCGGUAUCACCGGGACGUAUGAACGAUAGUGGACCGAAGAGUCCUCUCGAGAGGGUCUGGUCGAAGCGCAAGACUCUACUAGAGCGAGUAGAAGGUUGGUGGGAUCUUGAUCUGCUCGAGAAGAGACAGACACUCUUCGGCGGUAAAAGAGUUCAGGGAUAA